UUUUCCCCUGCUUUUCGCCGGAAUCUUGCCGCCGUCCCGGUUUCCGGCGAUAUUCCCGCUUCCUCCCAUUUGAAUACUGCUUUUACAGUCGAUUUGAAGCCGGAAAUAGCAUAAAGAUUCAAUCUUUGUGGCCAUAUCCAGAUAAAGAAGAGAUUUCUGCAUCUGGGUGUUCUUGAGUUGGUGCAAAGCGCAUGUGCGUGUGGAAAGACUCGAGCUUUUCGGCGGGUUUAAGGUUGGGUUGCUGAUUGGAGACAGCCGAGAAGGGAGGAGGGAAGAAUGAGGAAUCUUUCUUCAGAUUCGCCAGGUUCUUCGAGGGAUUUGUUGCAGAGGUUCAUGGUAGCUAGUGUCGGUGACGCGUUGGAGGCAGCGAAAGACGAUACCGAAAUCGAAUUGAAUCUGGGCCUUUCCUUGGGAGGGAGAUUUGGGGUGGACAGAAGUUCCAAGAAUCUGGGCAGGUCCUCUUCCGUCGCUUCCUUUUUGCCGAGUGUGAGAGACGACCCCCAGACAGAGGCGGCGGCGGCGGCGGCGGGGAAUAGAAUAGCCAGAACGUCGUCCCUACCGGUGGAGACGGAGGAGGAGUGGAGGAAGAGGAAGGAAUUGCAGAGUCUGAGGAGAAUGCAGGCGAAGAGAAGGAUGUCGGAGAAGCAGAGAAUUUCACGGGGGGACAAAGGCAUCUCCGCAGCCGCGGAAGAUGAGAAGAAUUUUGAGAAAGAGCCGUGCGCAGCCGAGCCGAAGCUGUUCGGGUUAUCGUUGGGGUUUCAGGCUUGGGAGGCGGCGGGGCAGAAGGGGAAAGGAGGCGAUUUUAGUAAAGCCUUGCAACCUUCACCCCAAGGAUCAAUUGAAUCUCAGGGAGGUAGUUCUUCAUCCAUGUCUGAAUUUGAAAGUAAAUCUCUUCAAGGUUCUUGUGAGCAUAGUCCAACUAGUUACCAGUCUACACAUGACAUGCAUAAGAAGGAUGUUGGUACGUCUGGGGUUAAAACGAUUAUUGUGGGAAGUAGGAUGGCAGGAACCGAGAUGGAAAGUACAUCUGACAAAGCCGUGUGUACGAGCGAGAAAGCACGGAACCCCGGGAUGGACGAGAUGCCGUGCGUCUUCACCAAAGGGGACGGUCCUAACGGUAGGAGAGUGGACGGGAUACUGUACAAGUACGGGAAAGGGCAAGAAGUGAGAAUAAUGUGUGUUUGCCACGGAAGCUUCCUCUCGCCUGCCGAGUUUGUGAAGCAUGCGGGUGGGGCCGACGUGGCCCACCCGCUCAAGCAUAUCGUCGUCAACCCUAACGCCUCCUCCUCCUCUCCCUUCCCGUGACAGAGAGAUUCGAGAUUAUAGUUACAAAAAUGCUCAUGCCAAAAUGUUGUGUUACAAAAACAAGAUAUUGUGUUUGUACAUUCUUUGAUAUGGGCAGAGAGUAGAUUUUUUUUGUUGUUUUUUUCCCCCUCUUUUUCUUUAGGAACUUAUAAGGUGUAGUAUAUAUACAAAUGCUUAUGUUGAAUUGUUAUAUGGUUAUAAAAGGAUUUGUGGUAC